UUCCUGGAAUUCAGGUGCUGCAGGCAGCCCUCAGCACAAAGAGCUGACAGGGACCCUGGGUCAGGGGUUCUAGAGUUCCAGCAGCUGCCACUAUUCUUCUUUGCCUUUGGUGUCGUGUGCAUGUGACAUUUCGCUAUGGGAAACAACUGCUACAACAUGGUGGUCACUGUGCUGCUGCUGGUGGGCUCCGAGAAGGUGGGAGCCGCGAAGAACUCCUGUGACAGCUGUCAGCCUGGUACUUUCUGCAAAAAAUACAAUCCCGUCUGCAAGAGCUGUCCUCCAAGCACCUACUCCAGCACAGGCGGACAGCAGAGCUGUGACAUCUGCAGAGUGUGUGCAGGCUAUUUCAGGUUCAAGAAGCCUUGCUCUGCUACCCACAAUGCGGAGUGUGAGUGCACGGAGGGGUUCCACUGCCUGGGGCCACAGUGCAGCAGGUGCGAAAAGGACUGCAGGCCCGGCCAGGAGCUAACGGAGCAGGGUUGUAAAAACUGUAGCUUGGGAACAUUUAAUGACCAGAACGGUGCUGGCGUCUGUCGACCCUGGACAAACUGCUCUCUAGACGGACGGUCUGUGCUAAAGACCGGGACCAAGGAGAAGGAUGUGGUCUGUGGACCCCCUGUGGUCAGCUUCUCUCCCGGAACCACCACUUCUGUGACUGCUCCAGAGGGAGAACCAGGAGGGCGCUCCUUGCAGGUCCUUACCUUGUUCCUGGCACUGACAUCAGCCUUGCUGCUGGUCCUGAUCCUCAUCACUCUCCGGUUCUCUGUGCCCAAAUGGAUCGGAAAGAAAUUCCCCCACAUAUUCAAGCAACCGUUUAAGAAGGCCAUUGGAGCAGCUCAAGAGGAGGAUGCUUGUAGCUGCCGAUUUCCAGAGGAAGAAGAAGGAGGAGGAGGAGGCGGCGGCUAUGAGCUGUGAUGUACUGUCCUAGGAGAUGUGCGGACGGAACCCAGGAAGCACUAGGACCCCACCAUCCUGCAGAACAGCACAAGCAACCCCACCACCCUGUUCUUACACACCAUCCUACAUGAUGUGUGAGCACACACCUCAUCCAAGUCGCUUCUAAUGCUAAUAUAUUUGUCUUUACCUUCUUUAAAUCCUUCUUUAAAAAAAAAUUAAAUUUUAUGUGUGUGUUUUGCCUGCCUGUAUGCACACUGUGUGUGUGCGUGUGUGUGUGUGACUCCCAAUGCCUUCAGAGGCCAGAAGAGAAAGAGUGGGUUCCAAUAAGAACUGCAGUUAUGGAUGGCUGUGAGCCUCCAUGUGGGUGCUAGGGAUCAAACCUGGGUCCUCUGCAAGGGCAGCCAGUGCUCUUAACCACCGAGUCAGCUCUCCAGCCCUGCCCUUGACAUCUUUUAAAAUUUAACUUUUUUUUUUUUUUUUUUUACUUAGCCCUUGACAUUUUUAAUAGAACUGUGGGAAGAUCAAUUUCUAGAUUCUCCUUAACAAUAUAUAUCAUAUACAUAUACAUAUAUAUUCUGAGAAAAUGACAGUUUUAGUUGGAUCUCAGACCAAUGGUCCAGUUAAAAUAACUAAAAUCAGUGUGUGUGUGUGUGUGUAAAUAUGAUGCGCGACAAUAGCCAUAGAUGCAGUACAUUACCCUACCCCAUUUUCCUUUGGUUUCUCACUCACUAUAAUAACACCUCCACUGUCUGAAGAGGGACGCCCAUGCAUCCAUCUGGAGGAAGCCUGUCAGGGUUUGAGGGGAAUCUUCAGAGGAGUUCAAGGUCUGCUCUGUGUCAGGCUCAUCAAUAAGCAGGCCGUGUAGGAGAGGGACAAAGCCCUGUGAGGUGGGGAACACCCGUGAACUCACAGUAGGAACGCAGCCUUCCAACCCGCCAUGGGCAGACAUGGCUGCCGCUUGCCUCUGCAUGGCUUCUGUAUAGCUCAAGAGCUGAGAAAUGUUGUUACUUUUAUUUAUUUUGAGACAGCAUCUCACUCUGUAGCCCUGGCUGGCCUGGGAGUCACAGACAUCCUCCUGCCUCUGUUUCUAGAGUACUGGUACUUAAACUGUUCACCAAGCCUCCCUUCCCCAACCCCCAAACUAGCCUUUCUGUUUUUUAAAAGCCACCUAGAAAUAUUAAAAUUGGGCCCUUACAAAAGUC